AUGGUCCGACUUCCUACCCUUGUUGGCGCUGCUACGCUUGCGUUAUCAAAUCUGGCCGCAGCCAAAUACGCGUUGUCCGAUUCGUACGACGCCAAGAACUUUUUUGACGGGUUUGAAUUUCGAACCGGUACUGGAUCUGGCGGGUUUGCACAAUACGUGGAUGCUGCAACUGCAGAGGCGAAAUCCCUAGCCGGUGUCCGGGAUGGCAAGGUUUACUUAAGCGUUGAUAAUACAACCGAAAACACGACUGGCGGUCGACAAUCCGUUAGGCUUAUCUCGAAGAAAGUAUGGACCAACGGGGUCUUCAUCGCUGACAUCGCCCACAUGCCAGGUAAUUCUUGUGGCGUCUGGCCGGCCUACUGGACCAGUGGUCCGGAUUGGCCCAACAGCGGUGAGAUCGAUAUUAUCGAAGGUGUCAACAUGCAGAAAACAAACAUUGUCAGCCUACACUCUGGAAAGGAUUGCACCGUCACAAAUACUGGCUCAGCAGCUGGCUCAGUUCUCACCGAUCCUGAUUGUGACAGCAGUACCUCCGCUGGCGGCUGCUCCCAGACGACGACAAAUACCCAGGCUUAUGGAGACGGCUUCAACGCAAUAAACGGCGGCGUGUACGCAACGCAAUGGACAACGAGCGCCAUCUCGGUCUGGUUCUUUCCCCGCGGUAAAAUCCCGGCGGACAUCACGGCAGGGGCUCCAAAACCACCCACUUGGGGCACGCCGUUGACCCGGUUCGAGGCCUCAGGCUGUGACUUCGCUUCUCACUUCAAAAGCAACGACAUUAUAUUCAACAUAAACCUUUGUGGCUGGGCUGGAAGCGCGUGGCCGUCCCAGUGUAGUUCAAAGGCUGCUACCUGUAAGGAAUAUGUGGCGAAAAACCCAUCGGCAUAUUCAGAUGCGUAUUGGUUGAUCAACUCUGUCAAGGUAUAUGGAUGGAGCAACUAG